AUGUAUCGGAAGUUGUCUAAGUUAGAACACUCGGAAAUAAAACAACUUCUUACAGAAGCUAAUAUAGAUAUUGCAAAGCAUUACGCAACAAACAAAAAAGCACUCGCUGACAUCCUCAAUGACUAUAAUGGUGCAAUAAGUUAUGAUAGAAUUCAUGAGUUCAUAAAGCCGCAACGCGGCGAGGACGAAGUCCAUGCAAGAGCAUUUCCUUUAAAUGACGUUGCUAUUGACUUAUAUCAUAGACGUUCAGUACCUCAUGAAGUAAGAAGAGAAAUGUUUGACAUAACAAAUGCAAACGUUGGUGAAACAAGAAGAAGAGACGACACACUGAAACAACAGAGAAGAGAGAUGUUUAAGAGCGCUAUAGAACAAGUUCGCAAAGCUAACGAUGUCAUUCGUUCCAUUGACGACAAACCAAAAGAAGGUGAGAGAUGGUUAAAGAAAGAUGAAGAGAAUAGGAAGAGAAAUGUGAAGUCAGGCAAUAGACUCAUUGACUUUAACAUCGAAGCUUUAGAUGAACCAAACAGAGACUACUUACACAAACAUUUCGGUAAG